AUGACGACAGUUGCUGCUGCUGCUACUGGUAUUCCCACUACUGAUCUUAUAGCUGAGAAUGAUAAAGACAAACGGCCAGAUUCAGAUAUUACUGUCGUCCCUAAAUCAGUAUCGAUUGGAGAGCCAAUUUCGAAUAUAGAUACAACAACUCCAAAAGAAAUAGACGAAAAUCCUGCAGUUUACAACGAAUUGUCAAAACUAAAACCAAUAGAAAGUAGUAAAUUGCCAUUGUCUAUUAAACACGUCAAAUCAUCACUAAAAGCUGCUCUGUGUGAAUCCACCUUUGUGCUCAUUAUCGUUGGUUUCACAUCUAUUGUUCCAAUUUUCCAACUUAUGCUUGGCUGUCGUUAUUUCCAUGAAUGUCCAGUAAAUUCGCAUAUACCGCAGUACCUGCUCGUCGCUGGUAUUACCGGAUUGUCGAUAAUUUUAUUAGGUAUUAUUUUCAUUCUAUUUACAUUAUUUGUUGCGUCACGAUUGCGUGCCAAAAAUGCUCGAUCUCCGCCGUUGCCAGUCGCUAUUACUCUUCUGGCUGUUUUUCUCGUUGAGAUCUGUUUCGUGCUUUUUCUUUGUGCUUGGUCAAUCGUUGGUAGUGUUUGGAUCUUGAAAGUUUGGAACAAAGUUCAAUAUGAAUUUCCGUUCGCAACUGAUUAUUGUGACCCUAUCUUGUACCGUUUCGCUUAUGGAUUACUUCUAGCAUCGAUUGUUACUUAUGUAUUUGCUUGUGUACUUUCAUGUCGACAAGGACGUAAAGUAUUUAUCAUAUCACGACACGAAACAACGUUAAGGGUGCUGACAACGGAUUCUUAG